AAUUUCAAAUAGUCGUGAGUGAACCGUUGAACUGCAUAAACGCUGUUUACUACACAAGAAUAUAAAAGUUUAUUGUUAUAAUACAUACUAUAUACAGAGUUUAGGAUGUCAUCAGUAAUCGAUCAGAAUCAGAAUGAAGCAUCAGAAAUAAAAGCGGGAACAGGUUUCGAAAUUCCAAAAUGGUUAACGGCAGAACUAUUUGAAAAUGUUCUUAUCGAGUCCAUUCCGAAAUUUCGAAAAAUCACACAUUUUGAGGCUAAGCCCGCAUUGGCUGCUGGAGAAAACUAUGCCACUGUCAUGCUACGUAUUCAUGUAGACAUUGAAUUAACAGAUGCCUUAACGGAUUCGAUUUCGCUCAUGAUGAAGCUGCCGCAGGAAAACGAAAUUCUUAAAGAUAUGAUGCGCAAGCAUAACAUUUUCGAAAUUGAGUACAAGAUGUACCAUGAAGUUCUACCCGAGUUCAAGCAGAUGUACGUAAAUGCCGGAGUCAAUGCAAUGUUUUCCGCAAGUUGUUAUAACAUCGAUACACCUUCCGAAUUCGGAGUUAUAUUGCUGGAAGACCUUCGACCACUUGGUUAUAAGAACGCCAAUCGAUUGGAGGGACUCAACUUGGUGCAUACAAAGGCAGUGCUUGAGCGUUUAUCGCAGUGGCAUGCUGCUUCGGCCACACGUGUCGAGACUAAAGGCAUAUUCCCGGAGAUGUUCAUUAAAGGUAUAUUCAGCGAAUCCCAGCGAGAAACUAUGGAAAAUUUCAGUACAACAAUUAAAUCACAAUUUUUAUCGUCUGUAAAAACAAUUAAGGGUAGCGAAGAUUACAUGGACGACUUGGUGAAUGUUUUCGAUUAUAUUACCGAUUUAUUGUUCAAUACAUCGAAGUAUGAUCCAAAUGAAUUUAACGUUUUGAACCAUGGCGAUUGCUGGAGCAACAACAUCAUGUUUAAAUACGAUGCUGAAGGGAAAAUUGUAGACACGGUCCUCAUCGAUUAUCAAAUGGUGAAUUAUGGCUCUCCUGCGAAGGACUUGCUGUACUUCUUGGUAUCGUCUACUGCAUAUGAUUUAAAAGUCAAAGAAUUCAACUAUCUUAUUAAAUUCUAUCACGAAAACUUAGUGAAAAACUUAACUAUUUUGAAGUACCCCAAAAAAUUGCCGACAUUGAAAGAAAUUCAUUGUGCAAUUAUAAAAUAUGGAAUAUGGGCAUUAUCGACGUCUUUCGGUGUUAUGGCAGUGGCUUUAUUGGAAUCGAAUGACGAUUCUAAUAUAGACAGCUUCAUUAAUGAUACGGAUGCUGGUGAUCGGUUCAGAAAUUUGAUGUUCUCCAACCCCAGGUACCGCAAACAUUUGGAAAUUUUGAUGCCCUGGAUGAGCAAUCGUGGUGUUUUCGAAGUUUACCAAAUUACAAUGAACGACACACCAAACGGAAAUGUCGAGAAUAAUGUUGGCAAGCUACCUGAGUGGUUGGAAGCAGUAACUUUUGAAAAUGCCGCACGCACCCAUAUUGGAGAAGAUUUUAGCAAAAUUGUCAGCGCUCGAUCUGAUAUUGACCCGAGUAGCACCGCCAACUAUACAUCUUUGCUGAUGCGUCUCCAUCUGGAUGUAGAGCUUACAGAUGGCAGCUUAAAAACUGUUACUUUCGUCCUUAAAGUACCACAUAGCAACGAAAUGAUGUCAAAAAUAUUAAAUCUGUUAAAACUGUUCCCGAAGGAGGAACAAACGUACCACAGUAUUAUACCGAAAUUCGAAGCGCUUUACAAGCAAGCGGGCAGUGAUAUUAAAUUUGCUCCGAAUGCGUAUCAAGUCGAUCGUGACAUAGGCGUCGAUUAUGUUUUGCUGGAAGAUCUACGUCCAAGAGGUUAUAAAAAUGCCAAUCGAAUCAAAGGUUUAGACUUGGAACAUACCAAGCAUGUGCUCCAGAAACUGGCGGAAUUUCAUGCUGCAUCCGCGUGCUACGUGGAACACUUUGGAAUGUUUCCUGAGGAAUUCACUGUUGGAAUUUAUUCAAGGAAUAAUACAGAACUACUGAAGCAGUUCAACUCGUCUAGCGCAUUCUUAACCCAAUUGAAAAAGUGGAAGAAUGGUCAAGCGUACUAUGAAAAGUUGGCUGACAGCGACAGCUACUUGGUGGAUCGCCUGCUGCAGAAUCAGACUUAUAAUCCAAGUGAAUUCAACGUACUCAACCACGGCGAUUGCUGGGUGAAUAACAUUUUAUUUAAGUAUAAUGCGUUCGGCAAAAUUACGGAUACUCGUUUUAUUGACUUUCAAGUGGGCAAAUACGGCUCGCCAGCUAAUGAUCUGUAUUACUUCAUACUAUCCUCUACUGCCGCAGACAUCAAAAUAGCACAUUUUGACUACUUGAUUCGUUACUAUUUCGAUAACCUGGUUGAGAAUUUAAAACUUCUUCAAUAUCACAGGCCUUUACCGAAACUUCGUAAUCUCCACUCCGUGUUACUGAAACACGGUCUAACAGCCUAUUUGGCCGUUUCUAAAAUAUUGCCCGUCGUGAUGUUGGAGAAAAUUGGUGAUGAAACCAAUAAAAAUGGAACGCAAAACGAGGAUAAACUUAAAUUUGCCAUGUAUACUAAUCCAAAAUAUGUUGAGUCUGUAUCGGAGCUUUUACCAUGGUUGGAUAAUCGUGGUCUGUUGGACUGGAAGGUUUAGCAACUUUUUAAUUCACCGAGCAUUGCAUAGAUGGUAUCAUAUAUUUCUCAUGCACUUGUAUGAUCAUCUACGCUGUACAUAUAAAGUGCAUUAAAGCAACAAAAAUAAAAAAUGCUAAAAAUAAAUUCACCUUGUCAUUAUGAAAACAA